AUGGACAGUCAGCUGGUCAUCCGGAUCAAGGAGCUGAGCGAUGAGGUCGAACGGAAAGGGGAGCAACUGAAGGAGUCCCAGAAGCUUCUGGAAGAGAGCCAGAGAGUGGAUGUAGCGCGCACAGUGGAAAGAGAGAAGGAAGCUCCAGAGAGUGGCAACGAGGAACAGCUGUUGUUCGCAGUUGAGAAAGAAAAAGAGUUGUGCAGAUCCCUGCAAGCCUUGGAAGAGAAGUUGAAGAGGGUGGAGCAGGAGUCUGAGUUAGCGGCUGGGGAUCUAGCAAAAGCUCAACUACAGGCAACGUCAUAA